AUGCCCAACGACGACGGUGGAAACCUUGACCGGCCCGUGGGCGAGCUCUGGGUGGAGUUGACCCGCGACGAGAAGCAGAGGAUCUGCAACGCUCUCGUCAAUCGCAACCAGACCGAUCUGGUGCAGGCGCUUGAUACUCUCGACAGCAGGGACCUCGAGGUCAAAAGGGAGAUCCUGGACCUCCAGGCCCCCAUGGCUCUCAGGGACCACGUGGGGAGCCGGGCUUGCGAAGCCUCUCGGUGCCAAACAACAAGACCGACGACCUCGCCCAGUCCCGUUCUGGCUCGGGCGCAUAUACUACCCCGGGUGGACCACCCAAGCGCCGCAACAGUGACCAAGCAUCGGAGGGAACGUCUGAGCCGGCGUCAAAGAGGACUCGAACUCCACGGCCAAUGCUCCCAGCACGACGUCAGUACUAACGGACGAUCAUGA